CUGCUGGGAAGCGCGUGCUUCAGCCAUGGCCCGUACACCUUCUACAAAGCGGUUAAGAUAAACAAUAACCGUGUUCUGAGGCUCGGUAACUUUUUUCUCACUAAAUUAUGGACAGAUACAGACUUGGUCAGUAUCGGAGAACUGCAAUUGUUGUGGGUGGAUAGCCGGGGCUCUAAUCAACCGUUGGCGUCAUUGAGAUUGUAUUUUUUACCGGAGAACACUCCUGAUGGACGACGGGAUAUUCAUGGCGAGGUUUAAUGGACCUGGGGAAAAGAAGUAAUCCUGCCACCGGCGUCCACCCUCCCACCAAAGUCGCCACCGUCUAUCUUACCGACUGCCAAUGAGUCUCCCGUAAAAUCCGAGCCCCAGUGCUCGGACACUGACGAAGGAGAGCUCGAUAAAAAAGACCUGGUGCCGCAAGUACUUACUGAUCCAGGAAUUGACUUCACCGACGUUGACAAGAGCGAGCUCUUUGAUACUGACAGCAAGCCUCCUCCACCUGAGUCUCCAGGAGUCGGCGAGCAAAACACCAAAGUGGUGGUGCUGUCCUACCCCAGGUACUGCCGGUACCGAGCACUGCUGAGAAGACUAGAAGGUUCUGAGCCAUCUUGGCUGUCGACUUCUCUGGCAGCCGCGUUGGGGGGUUUCACGGCUCUACCAGGUACCAGGGUCCUCUUCUGCAGAGACACGUUCGACUAUCCAGACCUGGAGACCCACGAGCUACUCUGCAACCACCUUGCGCCCAAGUUAAAAGGUCGCCCAAGGAGAAAACGGAAAAAACGGAGUACUUCUCCUGGAGAGUCUUCCAACGAAUCCGAGGCUUCUGUCGCUUCUACCUCCCGGUCGACUUCGUCGUCGCUCUCGAAUUUUCCAGCCAAGUCUGCAACGCCACCGUCUACUAGUAUAUUGACGCACAGUAAUUUUUCGGCUUUAUCGACAAUCCAGUCCGCUUCGUCGAUCAUGUUGAUCUCUUCCAGGGGCGAAAUGGUUCGCAGGAGCGAGAGAAAGGUCACUGGGGAUGAAAAAAGGUUCAUGGUUGAUGUUCAGAGCUUUAUGAGUCUGAGAGGAACGCCAGUAUUGAAAAUGCCAUUGCUUGGUUACCGACAGAUUGACUUGUAUUUAUUUUAUAAACAAGUUCAAAAACUAGGAGGUUAUGAUACUGUAACGUCUAAUCGGCUCUGGAAGUCGAUUUAUGAUGAAAUUGGAGGUAAUACUGGGUCGACUAGUGCUGCCACUAUUACAAGACGGCAUUACGAAAGGUUACUCCUGCCCUAUGAGCGCCACCAACGUGGAGAAGAAACAAAAGUUCGCCCGGUAAGCCGGCGCAGUAAGUCAAUCUCUGAUUUACCAAGCGAUUCACCGGAUUCUCCCAAGUCGCCUACAGAAAGCUGUCUCAUCACAAACAAUAUUAACCUUAACCUUAGCAUUAAUAACAACAAUAGUAAUAGUAAUAGCAAUAAUAAUAAUAAUAAUAUUAAUAGUAACAAUAAUAAUAAUAAUAAUAAUAAUAAUAAUAAUAAUAAUAAUAGUAUCGUGAGCAUUCCCGAUAAACCAAAGACUGAACAAAAACCCUCGUCAUUGCGGAGUGUGCGCGUGAAACCAGAACGGUUAAAAUCCCUGUCGAUAUCGUCGUCAUCUUCAACGUCUUCAUCCCCCUCACCGUCGCCCUCAUCCAUUUCUGUUAAUAAUAAUAAUAAUAAUAUUAUAAUUAAUAGUAAUAGUAAUCAUAUAAAUAAUACUAGUUCACCUCCUGACUUACCAGCAAGUCCGCUGUUGACGUCAGCGCCAUCUUCUGUUUCUUCACAACAACAAUCUUCAUCAUCGAUCGAUAUUAUAUCGAUUAACUCACCUAAUAAUUUUGAUGGUACUUUGACGGUAUCUGAUAGUGGAACAACAACAACAACAACAACAACAACAAUGGAUUGUGAUAAGAAGUUUGAUAACUCGAAGAGUAAUGAUGUUUUAUUACCACAAAAUAAAGAAAACAUUCCAAUGUAUGUUGUUGGAAUAAAUCAAAUUUUAGAACAAGAUAAUUUUAGCCAACAACAACAACAAGAAAAAUAUCAAAUACAACAAAAAAAUUCGGAAGAACAGCAAAAUUUUGAUCAACCAAAACAAGAACGAGAACCACAACAACAAAGUUGUGAACAACAAUUACAAAAUCAACAAGAUCUAGAAAAUCAACAUCAACAACAACAACAAGGCUUACAAUUUGAACAUCAAAAACAAAUAAACGAUGACUUAAAACAACUAAGUGAUGACUUACAACAACAAGAACAACUAAAUUUCGAUAAACAACAACAAGAACAGCAAAAUAUUAAUGAGCAACAUAGUUCUCAACAAACACAACAACAAAUUUUAGAAAAACAACAAAAACAAAAAGACUUGUACGUCGAAGAAAAUUUGCAACAACAACAACAACAAAGUUUGUUACAACUACAACAGCAAAGUUUGGAAAAACGACAACAAGAAUUCCAGCAACAACAAAGUAUGCAACAAGAACAACAAAGUUUAGAAAAACGACAACGACAACAAGAAUUUUCGGAAAAUUAUAAUCUUCAAAUACAAAAACGAAAUAUAGAAUAUCAACAAAAUUUGGAAAUGCUACAAAAACAGCAAGAACUCCAACAAAGUUUCGUUUCUGAACAACAACAACAAAUUUUCCGGAAAAAUUUUGACCAACAAAGACCCCAACAAAUACCAAGAGUCCCAUCACCAGAAGUAAUUGACCUAGAAUCUGAGCCUGAAACUCCGCCCCCAACAACACCAUCAAUAACAACAACAACAACAACAACAACAACAACAACAACAACAACAACAACAACAUCAACAACCACAACCACAACAACAUCAACAAACUCCCGGGACAAAAUAAUAAUUCCAACUUUUAAGAAACGAAAGCUCGAAAUUCUUCGAGAAGGGGGUCUGGAAGUAACAGCAGUGGACCUAGCUGACCGACCUAGCGUGAUUCAAGCUCACCCGAACUCUCCGUUACUUAGCAGCGCACUUCCGCCUACCAAGGAUCAACCCGAGCCAAAGCAAAAGCUAAUAUCAGUAACAGUGACCCCUGACAUUUCUCACAUACUAACCGCCGAUAAGAUGAACAACAACUGCAACGCCAAGAAGUACAUCGCUCCAGUUCCUCCAAAGGUCAUCCAGUCCCACUCGAUCUUCUCCGGAAACGAACGAGUGAUCUACGGAAACCCCAAAGAUAUCUUAUCAAGCUCAAAGUACGCCGCUAGUUCUCCAGAUGUUCUCGACCUCACAAAAGCCGCUCAAAGUUUUUCCCGUCCUAACCUCGAGAUCGUCCGAGUUCCGGUCGUUCCUCGUCCUACGUUAUUCAAGAAUUCCAGUUCUAACAUGGCCGAUAACUACGACAAGCCGGCUGUAGAUAAGUUACCGAGUAAAAUAUUACCGAUGUUAGACUCGAGAACAAUUGCGUCAAACAACUUGGAGAUAACUCUAGUGAACCCCAAGGGCAAUAAAAUACCCACCAAUUACCAGAGCUCGGUUCGACAGAAUGGCGCGGUGGUGACAAAGGUCAAGAGUUCCUCCAAAUACCCGGAGAGUCCGUACUCCAGAAAGAACCACAUUGUCAACGUUCCGAACCUCAACAACUUACACUAUGGCGGCUCAACCAGCGCCACAGUUCGGCAAGUUCCGCGAAUUGACAAGAUGGCCGACAGCAGAAGAAUCAGCGAGAGCGACUUGGGGAAGUACAACUUAAAGAUGGCGUAUCAGCAGUCCAAGGAGAGGGAAAGAUACGACAGAAGACACAGUGUUCCUAAUUUACCGGGUGGGUUCAUACCCACACCCCAGUUUUAUCCACCUGCGCCACCUGGCGUCGUUCAGAAUAAGUUCAUGCCUGGGCACAUGAUCGACCCGAUUUAUUAUUCUGCGAUUUAUAAUGGAUUGUUCACUCCCGGCCAAGUUCCCUCUCCUGUCAGGCCGCCUGGGCACAGUUCUGUCGCGCCAUCUGUUGGUGGCUCAGCAAACCAGAGCUAUCUGCCCCCAUUGGAGUUUAAUGAUUAUUAUAAAAAUUUACUGACCCAGCAGCAGCAACAGCAGCAUCAGCAACACCAGAGGCUGCUUAUGAUGUCUCAGCAUCAGGCUCCAACUUCUAAGUAG